GUCACGUGACUUUUACUUUUGAAUAUUAAUUUCAUAAUAAAGAAACGUUUUUGAUUCUCAUUAUUUGUUAACUGAAUCUGAAAUUAAGUAUAAAAUCACUAUAAAGUAUAUCGAAUACUUGAUCUUUUUUACAUAAUAGCUUAAAAAGUAGAGAUGGCAUCAAAGAGAAAAAGGCUACCAAAUGUAGGAAAAUCAAACGUGGAUGAUUCUUGUGGCGAGAGGCACAAAUGCGGGAAAAGUUCAGUUUCUCGCGGCACUUUCUGGAAAACAAAUAAAUCUACGUGCUGGAAAACAAGUGAGAAGAAAGCCUUCCUUGACGGCUUAAGAAAGUAUGGACUUGGAAAUUUGGAGAUGCUUGAGAAAACUGUGAAAACUAGGAACCAAACAGAAAUUAAAUUUUAUGCUGAAAAAUGGAAAAUGCGAGCUGUGAGGGAAAAGAAUAAAAUGAAUGAGCAAUCAGAAAUCGAAGGAAAACAAGCUCCAAUAGAAUCCUGGGGAAAUAUUGUGAAAAAGAAUGUUCAUCUUUUCUUCCGUAAUGAUGAUUACUCUGAGAUCUUAGCAGAAGUGCUUAAAGCUGCAAAGACUGAAGAAUAUCAUGAAACACCAAAAAAAGAAAGUGAACCAGACUUUCAGAGACUGUACAGUUACUUAGUAAAUCUUCUGGAGGGUGAUAUUCCACCUGACUUACCACCUGCAGAGAGUGAAGUUAUAAUUUUGCUUCUUAAAGAUCUUGCUCAAGUGGUAAAAUAUCCUCUUUUUCAGGAAGAAAAGGAAUUCCUUAGGACUUUUAACACAGAAGAACAGGAGAAGUUUACAACAGGCCAGACUAAAAGACAAGAACAACAAGAAGUUUCCAGUAGUCCAAAUCAUAUUCAAAAUGUAAGCUGUUCCUCAGGAGGAAGCAGUAGGCAUAAGAGAUCCUUAAAGUUGCUACCAAAUACAAUUAAAAGCCUAAAAGUGCAAAAUUGUUUCAAUCCUCUGAAGAUUCCUGUUUCCUUACCAGAAAAGGAAAUGGAAUUUAUUAAGAAAUGGAGAAUCAACUUUUAAUCAGUUCAUGCUUUUUUGUUCACUUAUGUAAAGAUUACUAUGUCAGGAAAUUAGUAUUUAUCCUGGAAAUACUACAGCAUUUUUAUACUUUUAAGUUUAAAUGUAGUCCAGAUAAAAUAAUAGCUUAUUUUAGGUAUACUGAAUGUUUUGUGUUAUUAAAUAAGAUCGUGUUCAGUGUAGUAUUGUGGAAACAUUAUGUUGUUGUCAUAUUGAUAAACAUAUAAAGCUGAUGAUAUAGAAAAACUAAUAAUAAAAUAUGCUGUUAAAAUAUGUACUCAUGCUUAGUUUUCUUUUAUCACAGUAGAACUGUUUUGAAUGUUUAAUUAGGUAAAGCAUUUUGCUUUAAUUGAAU